AUGAGUACCAGUCAUUUGGCAGAUGAUUCGAUUCGUCUCAACAACAAAAAUGAAUAUGAAAUUAUAAAUAGACAGUUCAAUAGCAACAACAGCAGUGUUGUUGGAACACAGUCCAAUGCAAUGAAUCCAGCUGCACUAAACAGCUUUAUAAACAUUGGUACAACCACGGCAGCGGCCAUUACCGCAGGCCUCUAUGGCAACAAUGGUAUCAAUAUAAAUGGGGUCAACUCUUCUUCUACCUCUGCCAAUAACAAUUCGUCGCCAACUAAUAUGUAUACAAUCCAACCACAACAGGCACAACAAUCACCAUUCCAAUCAACUCAACAACAACAACAACAACAACUAUUUAAUAAUCAACAACAACAACAACAGCCUUCCCAAAUCUAUAUAAUCCCUCAACAACAACAACAAACUCCUCAACAACAACAAUACUCACCCAAUAACAAUGGUAUGAAUCAUCAUCAACAAAUGGUUCAAAACCCACAACUCCAACAAUUGCAACAAUUACUCCAAAUACAGCAACAACAACAACAACAGCAGCAACCCCAAAUACAACAACAACAACAACAACACCAACAACAACAACAACAACAACUUCAAACAUUGGAUAGUAAAUAUUUAGAGCUUGUUAAACAACAAGCUAUGGAAAUCAAUAAGCGAGCAGAAGGCAUGCCAGAAUAUGCCAAUAUCUAUAAACCUGCAACACUUAUUGAACAACAAUUCCAACAGCAACAACAACAACAAGCAUUUAUUUUACAACAACAACAACAACAUCAACAAUUACAACAACAACAUAUACAACAACAACAACAACAACCUCUGCAACAACAUAUACAACAACAACAACAGAUAACAUCUACAACAACCACAACCAAUACAAUUAAUGGCUCUGGAAUAGCUUCUAACCAUCAUUCACCAAUAUCGAGCAGUGCCAAUAGCCCAGUAUUAAUGUCAUCACUUUCACCUACAAUGCAACAACAAACACCCCAAACCUUUAUGGAUCAGCAACAGCAACAACAACAACAACAACAAUCAUAUAUGAUUCAACAACAAAUUUUCAACUCUACACCUACAUCUGCCCUAACAUCUCCACCAUAUACAUCUGUUUUGGGCGCAACAACAUCUCCAACUCAACAACCACUGACACUGCAACAAUCGUCUUUGACCGAUACCUCUGUCGUGCCUCUAAUUUCGUCACAAACCACCAUAUCUGACCUCAAUCUUGUAAAUAUUCAAUCUACUCCACAAUCCAGUCUCUCAUCAGUUGGUGGCUCUACAUUGUCACAGCAGCAGUCGACAAUGACAUCUACUAUUAAUAUCAAUGGUACCCUUGAAGAGGUGCCACAAGUCAAAAGAAAAAGAGGAAGACCACCCAAAAACAAAGAUGGUUCGACAUUGGCCAGUAUGGCUGCUGCCGUUACUGCCGCAGCAUCUACAACUACUGCUGUAGACGAGUCAAAGGCAAAGAGAACAACCUAUCUCUGCAACAAGUGCAAGCAGCCAAAAAAGGGUCACAACUGCGCCUUUGGCAACGAUGGCACCGACUCUGUGCCUGGAGACAAUGACAACAACGAGGAAAACAGCAACACAACAGACAUGCCAAAGAAAAAGAAAAAGGAUAAACAUUCCUCUUCAUCCUCUUCUCCAAAUAGCAUCAACACUACCCUAUCUUCCUCCUCUACUACCGAACACAGUUUUGAUGAAUUUAAUAACCUUUUACAAAAUGAUAACCUUUUACAAAAUAUAACUUGUGAUGAUAUUGGAGGUGGAACUACUAAUAAUAAUAAUAAUAAUACUAAUAAUAAUAAUAAUAACAGUGGAAAUGUAUUGGGAUUGAUUAAUCCUGCCAUUCAAACAACUUUACAACCAUCUUCGACUAAUUUGGUAUCAAACACAACAACAUCAACAACAACAAUUGUACAAAAUAACCAACAACAACAAACAUUUUAUGAUAAUAGUAAUAAUAAUAAUUUAAUUUCACAACAAUUGUAUUCAACUAAUAAUAAUAAUAAUAAUAAUAAUAAUAAUAAUAAUAAUAAUAGCUCUUCACCAAUCAAUACUCUUGAUCAACAACAAACUUUGACUUCAACAUUGUUAUCAAAUAUCAAUGGUAGUUUAAAUUCUACAAUGCUAUCCUCUCAACUUUUAACCACUAAUAGUUUAGCAAUCCCAGAUGCAACCUCUAUCUCCAUUCCAGUUAUCCCAUCUUAUCAAGAAGAUCAAGACGAUGAUGAUGAUGAUGAUCAAGAUGAAGAUGAACAAGAAUAA